ACUUCAGACAGCAUGGUGGAAGAUCCGAGGAGGCAUAAUGGCGCAUAUUAUACUACAUUCUUUGAAGAGGAUAGACUUGCCUGUUCUGAAUGCUUAUAACGAGCUUAUUGUGAACACUAUUUUGAUUCAAUCCCGUAGUUAUGCUAAGAAACCAGUAAUGAAAGGAAAAGGUAAAGGAAUGGUAAAGGAAGUUAUAAAGGGUCCAGAAGUCUGCAAGGAUCCAGUGAAACUUUGCACGCAUGCAGUUGGAGUCAACAUCUUCAAACAGGGCGAGGACCCUCUUAUUAAACCCAAGGAGGAGUAUCCAGAAUGGCUAUUUCAGUUGGACCUCGGCCCACCCAAGAAACUCAACGAACUGGAACCAGACAGUUGGGAAUACUGUAAGCUUUUAAGGAAGGAGCAUAUUUGGAGACAUAAUAAACUGCAUAAAGGCAAAAAGAUGUAGAGGUUAUGGACAGAAUCAUGCAUCUUUGAGAGCAAGGCCUGGAUGAACCUUUGCUUUCCCAGCAGGCACAGCGGACAUUGCCAGUUUUGCUGGUGUGUUGGUUCUCCUGUUUCUGAGGAUCAAGUGGUUGAAUUUUUGUUAGUUUUGUUGUCAUUCUGUGUAUAACUAUUGUUGUUGUUGUGUAAUUGAUCUCAUUUCAGUUACAUGAAAAAAUAAAAUUAUUGCGCCAUCAAUGCGCAAUGUCAAAAA